AUGCUGGCGAAAGGGCAUACCCGCUGCCCGCGAAAGUGGUCGCAGUCACUUCGCCAUAUUUCCACGUCGCAGAGGACUUGGGACUGGACCAAUCACUCAACCAAAGAUGCUGCGAAAGAUGAUGUCGCUCAAUUGGCCGCAAGUCCCCGUCGUCCCCUGACCUUGGCAGAUUUAUUAAGGCAUGGACGGCCACCGUUGUCUAAGGAUGCCCUUCUCGCGUCGGCGAACUUUACACUCAACCUGCUCCCCGCACGACUUGCCUCCAGAAUCCAAGCAUUGCGAAAUUUGCCUUUUAUCGUUGUCUCUAAUCCUCACGUAUCAAAAAUCUACCACAACUACCAACACUCACUGUCCACCUUGCUCCCCUACCAAAAAAGGCGAAUCACGACACUCGAGGAGGAAAAUCAAUUUGGUGAGGUUCUCGCGGACCUGGUCCAAACACACACCAACACCAUCCCUAUUCUUGCUCGAGGAUUCCUCGAGUGUCGGAAAUACGUCAGCCCGGAUGAUGUGACACGCUUUCUGGAUACUCAUCUUCGUGCUCGUAUUGGUACCCGUCUGAUUGCGGAGCAGCAUCUGGCGCUUCACUUUGCCUCUCAGCCAGUCCGCGACGAGCCACACCCGCGAUCAUCGUCCAGCAGUGAUAAAAGCGCCGUUCCCUCGAACUAUAUCGGUGUGAUUGACACUGCGCUUCAGCCCGCAAAUAUCAUACGAGUCUGUGAGGAUUUUGUUGGAGAAAUCUGCGAAUUGAAAUACGGGGUUCGUCCGCGCCUUGUCAUUGGAGGCGAGCCUGAUGCUUCAUUCGCGCAUAUCCCGGUUCAUGUGGAGUAUAUCAUUACAGAAUUGUUGAAGAAUGCAUUCCGCGCAACGAUCGAAUCUGGAAACGAGCGGAAUCCCAUUGAGGUGACCAUUGCUGCAGCACCGGAUGUGCCUGGCAGAGAACCACCCAUUCAAGGAGAUGCCGAUACUGGGUUUGAACUCGGUAAAAGUGGCGGAAUGUAUGUCGGCGAGACAAUGGGUCCCUCCAGUCCCUCAUCGCAGAGCAUCACCAUUCGAAUUCGCGAUCGCGGAGGUGGCAUUCCGCCUGAAGUUCUCCCUCAUAUCUGGUCAUACAGCUUCACCACCUUUUCAGACAUGAACCUGAACUCGGAUAAUGGCAACAUGGAUGCUCUCAACACCAUCUCCAGUAAUAGUGGUCAUCUCAGCAGCAUUGCGGGCCUCGGCUAUGGGCUUCCGCUUGGUCGGGCUUACGCAGAGUAUUUCGGUGGCAGUAUUGCCGUUCAGAGCCUGUGGGGCUGGGGAACAGAUGUGUACCUCACCCUGAAAGGCGUGGGCAAGGUUGACUGA